AUGGCGCCCAACAUAUCCAUCCGCGAAUACAUCCGCUGGCUCCCAGACGAAGCAAGCGAACCCACCAGCACUUUCGUCCUCACCUCCGCCGAAAACAGAUUCGUCGACAUCCGCAUCCUCAAAGCCACAAACGACUCUCAACCGCACACCCAAACAGAAACCGUCCUCCCCUUCACCCGUCUCGACUGGGCUUUCGCCGGCACAUCGUCAAGUUCCAUCCGGUCAGAUCCCAACGACUCUGGCAAACAAAUCGUGCACUCGCAAUGGCGCCACUGGGUCGAUUCUCGCAGUGCGCAUGCCGAGGAGAUCGUGGAUGAAGGCGACAUGUUUCCUCAGCUGGACGGGACAACGCUGGAAAGUGGAGCAAUGGUCAAUCCUGCUACAGGACGCUUGACGCAGUACGAGGAGUGUUGGAGGGAUGUGGAGGCUGUUGCUACUGAGGCUACUGGCACUGCUGAUGGAGAGGGCAAGGCGAUGUGUGCUGUGCUUGUACUGCAUGAUGAUGUUAAUGGAGCGCGAGGGGUGGUUGUGAGGGUUGGGCAGUUUGUCCAGGGCAUUCUCAGGGUGGGAGGAUCUGUGAGUUUGGAGAGAUGGGCUUGGAUGAGGGAUGGAGGGUGGAUACGGGAGGUGAAGAUGGGGGAUAUGUGGUUGCCUUGUGGUGUGGUGAUGGAGGGGGAACGGGUGAGGCUUGGAGGGGAGGUGAAGUAUGGGGAUUUCGCGUGGAAGGUGGUGGAAUUGGGGGAGGUAUAG